CUUUGUACUCGUACGUAAGUACGCGUUGCAAAAAGUUCCAGCUAGCUACAUAGUCUGAUCUGAAGUCAGUCAUGCGUAUCGAGUCAACAGCUAGCUCAGCUUCGUUGUUGAACCAAACAUUUUCACUUUCAGCCUAUAAUUAUCUGCGGCUAGGUAUUGGAUACACAGAUUCAAUGCUUGAAGUUGAGACAUGAAGCUCCGCUCCAACCGACAAACGGCGACAGAACCAGCCGGCCAAUCCCGGCUGAGAACUAGCUCUUCCAGACAAGAGCCCACCGAAGACAUGGAGGACACGACCAAUCACCGAAGAGACACAAACGGGAAUCAUCAGAAUCAAGAGGAUAAAGAUUGGAAACAGGACAAGGAGUCAGGCUCGUCUCCAGAAGUUACUGUGAUGGCACCGCCCAGUGAAUUGUUGAACGGUGACGAUGAGACUAAACGAGAUCAUAAUUUGUCUUCACCAUCCUGGGGGGUUGCUAAGAGAGUACUGCACUUCAACAUCUUCCUCUAUGCUGCGUGUUUCUGGCUGCAGACGGGUGUCCUGCCUUACCUGACAAAGAAACUAGGCAUGGACAUGGCGGUCUACGGUUACCUCCAGACAUUCUACAACUUCAUUCAGCUGGUCGGCACGCCCAUAUAUGGGCGUUUUGGGGACCUCUACGGUGGGCGUGCCGCGCUGACGUUGGCUUACGCUAUGGCGGCGUCCAUGUACGGUCUUCUGGGCGUGGCGACAACUGGAGCAUUUGUGUUCUUGUCCCGAGUGCCUGCGUUGUUUCUCAGCGCUAAUCAUGGUACCCAAAUGGUGAUAACUGAUCUGACGGAUGACACGCAGAGAGCCGAGGCUUUGGGGAGAUUGGGACUGUCCUAUGGUCUGGGCAUGAUCGUCGGUCCUCUGAUUGGCGGUAUGGUCACCAAAUAUUACAGCGAGCAGCAUGCAGCCCUCGUAUCAUGCAUGGGCUCUCUUCUCUCUGUGUUGCUGGUGCAGCUCUUCAUUCCUGUACAGACCAAAAAAGUGGCCACCACUAAAAUACAAGAAGAGAAGUCAAAAAGCGGCGUCUUCAGUCUGGAGAAGUACAUCACUCUGGUGACGCAGACGCCGGGGGCGCUGUUCUUCCUCCUCGUUACCAUGGUGUCCGGGUUGCCCAAUGCGAUAUUCCAGAGUAUGCUUCCAAUGAUCCUAAUGGAGAAGUUUGAUCUGAGUGCCGUGUACAAUGGAUAUGUGCUGUCUAGUCUUGCCAUCGUUAGCAUGUUGAUACAGGGCUUGUGCAUAGGACCACUCACCAAGCGAUUCAGCGACAUGGCCUUACUGAGAGCGUCAGCUGUUCUCCUGAUUGUGUCAUUUACAGUAAUGGCUUUUGCUCAGAACAUUGUUCACCUGGCUAUCAUUAUGCUGCCGUUGACUUGUGGUAACAGCGUGAUCAGGAUCAUUCUCAACACGGUGAUGACCAAGAUUGUUUCAACCACUGACACGGGAACCAUGCUGGGUCUUGGCAGUGCUGGUAGUUCGUUGGUCAGCAUCUUCGCUCCGACGAUCGGUGGCAUCCUGAUAACGCAGUGUGGGUUCUUCUCAUUUGGAGUUGUCGGGCUGGUGGCCAAUGCCAUAUUGCUUGUAAUUCUGUGCCGUAAUUAACUCUGUGACUUUUUUUGGCCAAAUUUGAUCUUUAUUGUGUUGAAAAUCACACGUGUAGGACAAUCAAUUCAUUCCAACAUUUUACAGGACUUUUUCGUCGCUGGUACUUUUUGCGUUUCAUGUGAAAGGGCAUUAUGACAUGAAUGAGUACACAUAACUCAAAACCUUCCCAAAAUUAACAAAAAACUGACUGAAAAAAACUUCAAUUUUUUCCCCUUAAAUAUUUGCACUUCCGUUUUCUGCUUUCCAGAUUUUCCAUCAGAAUACUAAUAAAGCUUCCAUUAUUGAGAUAUGUCAUCCAAAAAUAAUUUCAUCAAAAAUAAGUUUAUAUUAUAAUACUUUUUGCGCCUCGUGUGAAAGGGCAUUAUGAGAUGAAUGAGUACACAUAUUACUCAAAACCUCAAAAUUUACAGAAAACUGACUAAAAAACUUCUGUUUUUUCCCCCUCAAAUAUUUGCACUUCUGAUUUAGGCUUUCCAGAUUUUCCAUCAG